AGGGGGAGGAGCGGGGGAGGCAGCUGGACCUCUGCUAACCAGAGCCCCGCCACCCGCCUCCCCUCUGAACGUCACCCCACCUCCCAGCUAGAGCAAGAGGGAAAGGCGCUGGCUUUUGAGGGAAGGGGCACCCCCCAUUAGAGAGGGGUGCAGGGAGGAUCGGAGAUGCUGAGUCUCUCCUCUGCCUCCAUGGGCCUCAGAGUGAACGCGCCUCCCUGGUCUCACUUGUCCCUUCUGAGCAAUGGGGACAGCCGUCUCUGGCUGUCUGGUGGGGGAGGGGCGGUCAGGGCCCCAGACCUUGGGGGAGGGGAGGAGACGGCCCUGGCUGGUGGGAAGAGCCUGUUCCUGUCCCUCCGUGUGCCCCACUCCCCCAGCCGGAGGCCCGCUUCUCUGUCCUGCUUCUGCUUUCCCAGCCUCAGGUGGAAACGGCGCCCGGCCGCCCUGUUCCCACCCCAACCCCCGAGCUGGUGGAGUGGUGGCCGGAAGUUUGGGGAGCUCCCCUGGCCUGUCUUCUCUCCUCUUCCCCCUGCAUUGGGUGCUUCCCAUCUCUGGGCCCAGGGGAGGGGACGGGGUGCCCAGAGACCUGGUUCUAGUCUCACACAACCCGGAUGCCUGUGUGGGCCUGGGCAGCCAGGCCACCUUGUGCUGGGCCUGUGUCCCCAUGUGUCCCGGGCAGGGGCCCAGGGCCUGCCCACUACUACAGUCCAGAGUCCUGUGUGACUGACAGCCCAAGAACCCAAGCCCACACACUUCCCGUUCUUGGGGCCAGCCCAGGCCUCCUCUCCUCAGCACCCCGGAGACGGAGACUGCCGAGUUCCUGGGUGAGGACCUCCAGCAGGUGGAGCAGCGGCUGGAGCCAGCCAAGCGAGCAGCCCACAAUGUCCACAAGCGACUGCAGGCCUGUCUGCAGGGCCAGAGCGGGUCGGAUAUGGACAAGCGGGUGAAGAAGCUUCCCCUCAUGGCUCUGUCCACCACGAUGGCCGAGAGCUUCAAGGAGCUGGACCCUGACUCCAGCAUGGGGAAGGCCUUGGAGAUGAGCUGUGCCAUUCAGAACCAGCUGGCUCGCAUCCUGGCCGAGUUUGAGAUGACCUUGGAGAGGGAUGUCCUGCAGCCACUCAACAGGCUGAGUGAGGAGGAGCUGCCAGCCAUCCUCAAGCACAAGAAAAGCCUGCAGAAGCUGGUGUCCGACUGGAAUGCCCUCAAGAGCAGGCUCAGCCAGGCAGCUAAGAACUCAGGCAGCGGUCAGGGCCUGGGUGGAGGCCCAGGCAGUUACGGCCACACCACCACGGCCAACAAGGUGGAGACGCUGAAGGAGGAGGAGGAGGAGCUGAAGAGGAAGGUGGAGCAGUGCAAGGACGAGUACUUGGCUGACCUGUACCACUUUGCCACCAAGGAGGACUCCUAUGCCAACUACUUCAUAAGCCUCAUGGAGAUUCAGGCCGAUUACCAUCGCAAGUCUCUGAGCUCGCUGGACACGGCCCUGGCCGAGCUGAAGGAGAACCACAGCCAAGCAGAGCCCUCCCCUUCGAUGACGGCCGCCCCCUUCUCCGGGGUGUAUGGGGUGUCACUGGGAGCUCACCUGCAAGAGCUGGGCCGCGACAUCGCCCUGCCCAUCGAGGCCUGCGUCCUGAUGCUGCUCUCUGAGGGCGUGAAGGAAGAGGGCCUCUUCCGUCUCGCCGCUGGGGCCUCGGUGCUGAAGCGCCUCAAGCAGACGAUGGCCUCGGACCCCCGCAACCUGCAGGAGUUCUGCUCUGACCCCCAUGCCGUAGCAGGUGCCCUCAAGUCCUAUCUGCGGGAGCUGCCCGAGCCCCUGAUGACCUUUGACCUCUAUGACGAUUGGAUGAAGGCAGCCAGCCUGAAGGAGCCCAGAGCCCGGCUGGAGGCCCUCCAGGAGGUGUGCAGCCGCCUGCCCCCGGAGAACUUCAGUAACCUCAGGUACCUGAUGAAGUUCCUGGCACGUCUGGCCGAGGAUCAGGAGGUGAACAAGAUGACACCCAGCAAUAUCGCCAUCGUCCUGGGGCCCAACCUGCUGUGGCCCCCAGAGAAAGAAGGGGACCAGGCCCAGCUGGAUGCAGCCUCAGUGUCGUCCAUCCAGGUGGUGGGCGUGGUGGAAGCUCUGAUACAAAACGCUGACACCCUCUUCCCUGGAGACAUCAACUUCAACGUGUCCGGCCUGUUCCCAGCCCCCACCCCCCAGGACAAGGUCAGCGAUAGGCCCGCCUCUGAGGAGCUUCCAGCCAUUGCCGUGCCGGCCCCGGCCCCGGCCCCAGCUCCUACCCUGGCCCCAGUGCCUCUCAAGGAAAGGACAGAGUCCGAGGUUCCCCCGAGACCGGCCUCCCCCAAGGUCAGCAGGAGCCCCCCGGAGGCAGCAGCCCCAGCGGAGGACAUGGCUCGGAGGACCAAACGCCCAGCACCAGCCCGGCCCACCAUGCCACCGCCCCAGGUCUCCAGCACCCGCUCCUCCCCUCCAGCCCCAUCCCUGUCCCCUGCCUCUGGCAGUCCUGUGAUCCCUCGGGCUCUGCCUCGCCGUCUGGUUGGCAGCAGCCUCCGGGCCCCCACAGUGCCACCCCCACUGCCCCCCAUGCCCCCCCAGCCUGUCCGGCGCCAGAGCCGGCGUUCACCAGCCUCCCCCAGCCAGACCUCCCCAGGUCCAGCCUCCCCCAGCCCGGUCUCUCUGAGCAUGCCUGCCCAGGUGGACCUGGGGGAGGCCACAGAGGAUGCGGGGGGCCCUGAGGCUGUAGACGGCACCCCCACUCCCACAGCUGUGCCCCCUCAGCCUCGGCCCAGGAGUCUUGCCUCAGAGACCGACUGA